ACCCGGAAGGGUGUGGACUCGGCAAGAACAGCUGUAAGGUCGGCGUCAUUUUCACGGUCAGAUUGUUUUAGCUCAGUUUGAAACUCAGGAAGUGAGGCUGGAUCUCUCACAUCCUCUAUCUGGAAGCUCAAGGAGGAAUAAACUCCGCUUUCGAUCUGACUGCCACCAAAGGAUUGCCAGCCGAACAAGUAAGAGUACAGAGCAGACGUGCUGGGAACCAACAGCUCCUCUUGGCAACAACAUAAAAACGCGGAGAAACACCUAGGUGAGAAGGGAGAAAACCUGACGCUGGCUCGCAGGUCCGAAUCGACCGGCUCAAUGUUCCUGUGAUCAGCUCGUCAAUUUCCGGUCCUCUCUCGGGAUUUGCGAUUGGACGCUGAGGAGCCUGGAGUGAUGGCCAUGCACCCACGCAGGAUUCGGUUAAAACCAUGGCUCCUGGCACAGGUUGACAGCGGGCAUUAUCCUGGGCUCCAGUGGUUAGAUGAUCAACGGAAGCAUUUUCAGAUCCCAUGGCGGCAUGCCACCAGGCACGCCCCUUCCCAGGAUGACGACAACACCAUUUUCCGGGCUUGGGCAGUGGAGACAGGCAGAUAUCAGCAGGGGGUUGAUGGCCCAGAUCCUGCUAAAUGGAAAGCAAAUCUGCGCUGCGCACUCAACAAGAGCCGUGAGUUCAAGCUGCUUUAUGACGGUACUAAGGAAACCCCAAUGCAGCCAUACAAGAUCUACCAAGUGUGUGACCUUCAGCAGUCUAAUGGAGGGAACAACAGUCCAGAGGCCAACGACUAUGAGUGGGACGAUGAGGAUGAGCGUCAACUCCAAACUUUGUUCCCAUCAAUGACCUUGGAAGACAAUCCCAGCCUACCGCCGUAUCCAACCCAGACCUGGCCGAAGCAGGAGGUUGCAGCGUCAGACUCCUGCAUGAAUGGACUUGCUCACCCAGCACUGCCACAGGGGGACCUCUCCCAGGCGAACCUCGAUCAGAGUGAACUCACACAGCCGAACCUUGCUCAUGGGCUUGUUCAGCCAAGUAUCCCUGUCGCAGCUCAAGGACCACUUCAUCCCCUGCCACUGCAGCAAGUGGAUCAGUUCCCAUCGCUGAUCACUUCCGAGAUGUUCAUCAACUCUCUGCCACUGACGGACCUGGAUGUGAAAUUCCACUACCGAGGGAAACAGAUGGGAUCAUUGAUCACGGUCAGCAAUCCUCAUGGCUGCCGCCUGUACUAUGGUGACCUAGGCCCUAUCCCAGACCAAGUGGAGCUCUUUGGACCCGUUACCCUGGAGCAGGUCCGUUUCCCCGGCACAGAGCAGCUAUCUCAUGAGAAGCAGCGAUAUUACACGAACCACCUGCUGGAUGUCAUGGACCGGGGCCUGAUCCUGGAGAUCCACGGGCAGGAUAUCUAUGCUAUCCGUCUGUGCCAGUGCAAAGUGUACUGGUCAGGACCGUGUGCUAAUGGAGCUUCACGACCCAACCCCAUUGAGAGAGAGAAGAAGAUCAAGCUCUUCAGUUUGGAGAACUUUCUUAGUGAAUUGAUAAUGUACCAGAAGGGCCAGGUGAGUGUUGCCCCGCUGUACGAGAUCCAACUCUGCUUUGGUGAGGAGUGGCCCGAUGGGAAACCCAAGGAAAAGAAGCUGAUUAUGGUGCAGGUGAUUCCAGUUGUGGCACGGAUGAUGUUUGAGAUGUUUUCUGGAGAGCUCUCAUUUGAUAGCGGGAGCAUCCGUCUCCAGAUUUCCAACCCAGACCUUAAGGACAAUGUGGUAUUUCAGUUUAAGGAACUCCACCGGUUGCUGCAGUCCCAGCAGGGGCAGUGGCUAAUGCAACCUGCUAACCCACAGUGAAUUGAAACGCCCACAAGAAGAGGAAACAAGCCCUCCAGAAUACUGCCAAGCUUGUUGGAUCAUGGAUUUAAACCUGCUGCUAACAUCUUUUAAGAGGAAAGUUUCAAGAGUUUAAAUGCAGACAGACUAAGGCAACCACCAGAGCGUUCCACACCUAGUGUUGGAACUGGCUGAACACGCAGUUUGAAAGAGAACUCAUUCCUUGUCAUUUGCCUUUCCAUUAUCACCUUCCCUGAAAGACAAAGGGCUGUUUCAGUCCACUUCUGUCAGACUGCAACACCAGGGAGGGGACAACAAAUGCUCAGAGAAAAACGGCAACAUUUUCUUUAUUAAGAGAAAAGUGUCUGUGUCUAGUUUCAAAGCCCAAAAUUGUGUUGCAGUGUGAGACCUCAUGUUGUACAAAUAGCUUUGUGUGAUGAGUGUGUUUCAUAUCACAGAACACAAAGCGGACACACUGUGACACUCCUUUUGUAACUAGUCUUCUUGCUGAUUGCUACCAUUAUGUUUGAAAGCAACCAGAGCUACUAACAACAGCAUACCUACUCCAUGCACUUUUGAUUGGAAUGCUUCUGCAAUACAAGUCUUUUGUUUAAUUUUUCUAUGUAUUUCUUUCUGAAAUUGUCAGUUAGAUAAUCGUGAAGCCCUAGAUAUACUAUCUCUUCAAGUUAAUUUUCUGUCAGUUGGAUCUGUGCAGAUUGUAUGUGCGUAUAUUAAUGGCUGACUGGCUAUCAGCGGAGUGAGAAAUGAGGAAAAGAGGUCGAACUCUCACACUGAAGUUAGUGAUUUAGACUUUCUGAACAUGGCAUUUGUCUGGUGAGAGUUCAAUUUCAUGUUUAUUGUCUUCACCCCUACACGUGUAUGCUGCCAAGGUUCCUCCACACUAAGGUGCACACUACAUAAAACCACACAUGUAACACAAAGUAAUAUUACCACAAAUAAAUUAACAAAUAACGUGUAUAUAUGAUACAAGUUAAAAAGUAAACAGUAUAACACUACCAGUGCUUCAUACGUGAUGGGACCUGGGUCGUGGCAGUGAGUUCCGUAGUCUCACGGCCUGGGAAAAGAAGCUUUUUCCCAUCCUAACAGUUCUUGUCCUAAUGCUACAGUACUUCCUGCCAUAGUGGGUCUGUUAUUGUACAGCAAUUGAGAGGCACAGGAUGCCACUGCGUAACAGUGGGAUGGGGUACUUCUGGGUAGAAUAUUGUCAGUUUUCAAUACUGAGAUAUGAUUCUCGUGGGAGCAAAUCUAUCAUCCCUUUAGCAUUUUUUGCAGGGUCUGCCCUGUAAAACACGGGGGCACGGUACAGAUAGACCAGGGUUGGCCCUCCCCCAUAUCACAGUGAUGCGGUAGGGUUAGUUACAGUG